AUGACGCACCUCGCGUUGGGAACGUACGAUGGAAGCACCGAUCCAAAAGGUCAUUUGCUUCAUUUCAAUGCAGAGAUGGCGACGCGCGCGGUUUCCGACGCAGUAAAAUGUAGAGUAUUCCCAUCGACAUUCCGAGGAGUGGCUAGGAACUGGUUUAUGACCCUGCAUCAAGGAUCCCUAGCCAAGUUUCGUGACUUCUCAUCAAAAUUCCUUAACCAUUUCUCCGCAAGAACGGUUGAUGACUUGUUUGAUAUUCGGCAGCUGGAGCGUGAAACCUUGAAACAAUAUAUUAAGCGUUACAAUGCCGAAUUCGCGAGGUUUGAGGAACUAGAGCCACGCAUAUGCGUGGGCGCUCUCAAAAGCGGUUUAUCUCGGGGAAAGUUUAGUUGCGAAUUGCGUAGGGAGCGGGCGUGCUCAAUGGCGAAAGUCCGAGCUCAAGCACAAGGAUACAUUUUGGAAGAAGAGACUGAAGCACACAAGAGGAAGCGGGGGAGGGCGACGAGAGUAACGCUGGCAAGAAAACGGAUAAAGGAUGAGGAAGCGAGCUACGAGAAGAAGGUUAGAAAAGCUGACUGGCUUGCUAGGAAAGGCGAGGGAAGACAAUCUAGCGCGGGAAGGAAAAGCGUCGGACACUGGAGUUCUCGGCGAACGGCUAGAGUGGGUCGGCGCUCAGAUAAGGAGUUGACGGAACUACACUUGAAAGCAGAAAUUGACGGCUUAAACAAAGAAGAUGAUCGCAAAAUGGACCCAGAGUGCAGAGAGGAUGAUCAACCCAAGUGGUGUGAAUACCACAACUUAGAAGGCCACGACACAACCGACUGUUUAAGGCUUAAGGGUCAAAUCAGGCAGCUAAUCAGGGCGAGACAACCGCAGGUGAUGAUGAGGAAAAAGACUGAGGAGUUUGACAGCGGGAAGGACGAAGGAAUGAUGGAAACGGCCAACGUAAUUGCCGUGAGAUGCGAGGAUGGCGACAGCAUGUCAAUAGCGGGACGAAGGCAAGAAGGGGAGACAACGUCGAUACAGGUGUACCCAGCUCAAUUUGGAUGCCCACACCCAGAUAUAGUGAUGUCAAGCGCAGAUUUUGAGGGAAUCAAGCCUCAUGAAGAUGAUUCGAUGGUAGUAAUGGUAAGAAUUAACGGUUUCAAUAUGCAGAGGGUGCUCUUGGAUCAAGGCAGUUCGGCGAAUAUAAUCUACGGGGACGUGUUUGAACAGUUAGGGUUAACAGACAAGGAUUUGAAGCCAUACACAAGACACUUGGUAGGCUUUUCGGGAAAGCAAGUUCGGGUACGCGGCUAUGUGCAGUUGGACACAAUCUUUGGGAUAGGCGAAGACGCCGAGCUUUUGAGGAUAAUAUACCUGGUCCUACAGGUUGUAGCAACUUAUAACGUCAUCAUAGGGCGAGGCACUUUGAAUCGCCUCCAAGCAGUAAUAUCUACGGCCCACCUCGCGGUGAAGUACCCGCUAAUCUGCGGAAGGAUAGGGAAAAUAGAGAUAGACCAAAGGAGGGCGAGGAAAUGCCAUGAUCAUUGUCGUAACUUGUACGGUAGGACAGGGGCUGGCGAUGGACACAGGUGUCAUGAGAUCGGGAUAAUUGCAGGCAAGCAGGAACACCAGGCAAAGCGGAGCCAGAGUGACUUGGAUGGACAAGAAGGGAAAGCUGGCGAAAGAGGAAAUGGGGCGAAGUCAAGAAGGAGUCAGGGCGAGGGACCCUGGGAAGCGGAAAAGAGCGGGCCCGUUGCCCAAACGGAUAGUGAGUGGCGCGGCGAGAAACGGGACAUAAGUGCAACCACCACAGGCCUAUUGGCGAUCGAGCCUAGUGUAACACCCCGAUUUCGGUGGCGUCACUUUAGUAACCCAAAAGUGAAUAAAAGCAGAAAAAAGUGA